UGCACAUGCACCACUACUCCAACGGGAUCGUGACGGUGAACUGCGCCCGUCUGAUCAAGCCUGACCAGCACGCCACUAACGGGAUCGUGCACGUGGUCGACCGCGUCAUCACGGCCGUCUCCAACAACGUAAACACGCUGCUGGACGUGGACGACGACCUGGAGACACUGCGGACUGCGAUGGCGGCUGCCGGGCUGACCACCCUGUUGGAGGAGGAGGGUCAGUACACCGUCUUCGCUCCGACCAACGAGGCGUUCGAGAAGAUCCCUCAGGAGACCCUGAACAGAAUCCUUGGAGACCCCGUUGCUCUCAGAGGUGACCUGUUUCUUUAG